AUGACAUACGUUAAUUUCAUGAUGAGAGACGUGCGAGAAAUGUUUCGAAGAGCAGACGAGGGUGGGGGUGACGAAGGGGGCAACCAGGACGACGGGGGGUUUAAUGCUACAUCGAGCUCGAGGUCGAGCGUAGGGCCAACCCUGAGUUCAGGGAGGGAUGAAUCUACAGGGGGAGUAAGCUUAACGAGCGAUUCGGGGACUUCAGGGCCCACGAGUGAUGAUUUUAGCAGUAUGAGUGAGACGAGCGGACCAACAAGUGGCAGUGCAAGUGCCACCAGUUCGAGGGAAAGUUCAAGUUCGACGAGCGAUAGUUCUAGCGAGAGUUCUUCCCGUAGUUCGGCUAGUAGUUCAUCGAGUUCAAGGGAAAGCUUGUCGAGCUCAAUUUCUUCUAGUUCCAGCUCUUCGGGUUCGAGUUCGCAUUCUUCAAGCUCUAGCUCUUCCAGUUCCAGAUCGAGUUCGUCGUCACUGAGCUCAAGACUUUUGACGUCGAGUUCAAGCUUUUCGUCGAGUGAACCCAGCUCGUCAUCGUCUUCAUCGCAGGAACCUUCUAGCCUGCUGUCAGAGCUUUCAUCAUCGUCGUCAUCAUCAUCAUCUUCUUCACCCUCAAGCCAGGCAUCAAGGACCUCACAUUCGGCAUCAUCCACUCGCUCCAGCUCUUCCAGAAGCUCCUCAUCGCAUGAACCAUCAUCAUCAUCAUCAUCAUCAUCAUCUUCUUCACCCUCAAGCCAGGCAUCAAGGACCUCACAUUCGGCAUCAUCCACUCGCUCCAGCUCUUCCAGAAGCUCCUCAUCGCAUGAACCAUCAUCAUCAUCAUCAUCAUCAUCACCAUCAUCAUCUCACAGAACUUCCUCCCACGCAACUUCAUCCUCUUCGUCCCAAAGGACUACUUCCCAAACAGGACAGACCUCUUCUCUGUCGUUUUCCUCAUACUACACAACCAUCGAAGAAUCCGACACUACAAUCACUUCAUUGGUAACAGUGCCUACGUCAUCCGUAAGCGAACUGAGCAACACUUCCAGUUCGCCUUCGGAAAAGAACGCAAAAUUGAUUGGUGGUUUGGUUGGCUCUAUUGGAGGUACCAUUGUUAUUGGUCUCCUCGUUGCAUUAUUCUUAUUUUUGAAGAAGAGAAAGAAGAUCACAAACCAGUCACCAGAUUUCAAUGACAACACUUCUGGUGAAUCAGACUCAUACAAAGACAAGUCGGGAUUCAGAAAGUUGUUUUCAACUAAGAAUGCCAACUACGGUGGUGUUGCGGGCUUAACGGAUAUGGAAAGGCAGAACGACUCUCCUGCUAUCCAAGCAAAUGACGAGAACAAUGACGAAAGUGAUGACUUCGAAUAUCGUGGUGUCUCGAACAACAAUAACCUCGACAGUAUCUUCAGGUCAACCGCAUCCAACUCCUCAGGUCAGAAUACGGCAACGGGCGGUAGUGCAAAUCAGAGUGCCAACCACACCCGUAUGAAUUCAAUAGGCCAUGCAUUGGAUAUACCUUAUGAGACCCGUGAAUCAGACGAACAUGAUCCUUUUAUGAGCCAUAGUCGAUUCAACUCAGACGAAACUGAUAACUUUAGCCCGUCUGACUAUGACCUAGGCCACAACGACUUAGCACCUGCUGACCGGAGAAAUAUCUUUGGAGAAGAGAGUCAUAGUAACAACUCCCGUUCGAGAUUCCAUGAAGAAAUUAUUUGA